AUGAUUUCCUCGUCAAUUCCUCAGUCCUCUUCCCUCAAUGGGUACCCUGCUCCAACGACAGAGCGGGACGGCAUCGCCAUCAAAAUGGAGGAGACACCAAGCGAACGAGAAAAGGCUGGGCCAGUCCCGACCACAAGAUCGACAUUCGCGACGCUACUCAGCUUCACCCGACCGAAACACAUACCUCUCAUUCUUCUCUCGUUUCUCACUGCUUCCUUCGUUGCGGCUGGCCGCACUGCUUAUGCCAUCAUGCUUGGCAAGAUCUUCGAAAUUGUGUCGAAAUGGGGUGCCGGCACCCUGACACCCAACGAGUUAGUUUCCCAGAUCUCACAAUGGUCCAUCUACUUCGUCCUUCUUGGGCUGGGAGUAUGGCUGUUUUCUUCGAUUGACAUUGCCCUGUGGGUGGUGUCUGGCGAAUUGAGGGCCAGGACAACAAGAGAGAUCAUGUUUGGAUCGUUAUUGCGCAAGACGGCGGGGUGGUAUGAUCUCAGGGGCGAGGGUGUUUGGGCAUUGCUUGUGCAGGUUCAGACGCAGACCCGAGAGCUUCAGCUGGCCACCUCCCAAACAUUGGGCUUUUUGGUCUGCGAUGUGCUGGUCUUUGUGGCCUGCUUCAUCGUCGCUUUUUCCUUCUCCUGGAAACUCACGCUGGUGCUGCUCGCUACUGGCGUGCCAUCGGCUGUGAUACUCUGGGCCCUCGGCCGCUUGCUCGAUCCCGCCAUCGAAGGGCAGAAACGAGAAUUAGCAGAGGCUGCCAAGCAUGCCACCGCCGCAACCACAUCCAUCGAUGUCGUCAAGGUUUACAAUGCAGCCGAUCAGGAAGCCUUUCAGUUCAUCUCAGCCAUCCGCCGGUCUGCCAAGUACUACUCUAGGCAGGUGCUUUGCAACUGCGGCCAGAUGAGCUACAUCAAGAUGUGGAUGAUCAUGCUGUUCGUGGUGGGCUUUUACUUUGCCGUUGUUCUCGUCGGGAGAGGUGAUCUCACUCCGGGAAAUGCACUCACGACCUUUUACGCUGCUUUGAGUGCUUUCAAGAGUAUAGAGACUCUGGGGCCCGAGUGGCUGAUAUUGGCCAAGGGAAUGCAGGCUGCGCAGCUGCUCAAGAAUGUGGCCGGUGAGGAGGCAAAUGAGGAGCUCGACAAGAAUAACGGAUGGAAGAAGCCUUCAAGCUGCACAGGCGACAUCAAGAUGACGAAUGUCAGCUUUGCCUAUCCCUCCAACCCAACCAAGACGGUGCUCGAGCCAUCGACGUUUCACUUUCCCGAGGGAGAACUCACUUUUGUUGUGGGCAGGAGUGGUUCCGGGAAGAGUACGCUGGGAAAUCUUCUGCUGAGAUUCUAUGAACCUACCGAUGGCCGCAUUACUGUCGACGGCCAUGACGUUACGACACUUGAUCUGGAAUGGCUACGCCGCAAUGUCACACUCAUUCAGCAGUCAAGCAUCCUGUUCAACGAUAGCUUCGCCAAGAACAUUGCGUUUGGUGCCACCGAGCCGGACAAGGUCCCCCCUGAAGCGAUCCAGCAUGCCUGCGGCAUGGCGCUUCUCCAGUCCACCAUCACAGGCAUGCCUGAUGGCAUCAACACGCAACUCGGUUCUGGCGGCCACAACCUCAGCGGUGGACAAAAGCAACGGCUGGCACUUGCCAGAGCAAAGCUUCGUGAUCCCCCUGUGCUCAUCCUCGACGAAAUCACCAGCGGCUUGGACCCCAUCAGCAGAACCAUGAUCAUGGAAGCUAUCCGCAUCUGGCGCAAGGACAGGACCACCAUCAUCAUCACCCACGAGGUGGGACAUAUUGGAGAUGACGACUUUGUCUAUGUCAUGGCCGAUGGUCGAGUUGUCCAACAAGGUCCCAGCAAGGAGAUUGCCGCCGAAGAAGAUGGACUCUUUGGGUCUUUCCUCGCUUCGGCAGAUGAUGCCUGCUCUUCAAGAGGGUCCGCCUCAACCGACAGCGACGUUGAUAUUGUCUACGAGCUGUCUGAUGAUGAGCCAGUCCAGGAGGCCAGCUAUGGGAAAUUCCUCCGCGGGGCAUUGAUCGACAAUCCUAGGAUGCAUUCGCUCGGUUUUUUCCCUCGCAUGUCGCCCACUUCGCGCGUUUCGUUAAGGCCGCAAAGCAUGCACAUCGUCACGACAAUGGGACGGGAAGUGCAGAGCAGCAGGAUUCCGAUUGCGAGACUGGAAGAGAAGCCGUCGGUGGCGGAGAGCUCGGCGUCGUUGGACUCGCUGGACAAGUUCUUUUUGGAACACUUGGCGAGCAAGAAGGAUAGAAAGAAGGGACGGACGAUUGAGGGUCAUCGGUUACCUUCUAUUGGGGCCAUCUUGAAGACUGUUUGGCCUACGCUUGAUAGGAGGGGGAGGUUACAGUUGAUAGCUGGGUUGCUUUUGUGUCUGGUCAUUGCGGCUGGCAACCCGGUUUUCUCCUUUAUCUUUGCCAAUCUCAUUGGGGCGUUUUGGCUGCCUGAGGGGCUGGAGUCGGCGGGGAGCACGUGGGCGGGAUACCUGGCGAUUGUUGCGGUGGUUGAUGCCAGUGCGACGUUUCUCGGGUACUUUUUCCUGGAGAAGGUUGCUCAGAAGUGGGUGAAUGCGCUGAGGGCUGAGGCCAUCAGACGGAUCCUCAGCCAGCCCAAGUCUUGGUUCGACAAGGCGAAUCAUUCUCCUAACAGGAUAACGCAAUGCCUGGAUCGGAACGCGGAAGAGAUGAGGAAGUUGGUGGGCAUGUUUCUGCCGAUUGUGCUGACGGUUUCGUUGAUGAUUCUGACGUCGUUGGUUUGGGCGUUGAUCAUCAAGUGGGAUCUUACUCUGGUGGCUUUGGCUGGUUUGCCUGUGGCUAUUGCGGCUGCGAGGGGGAAUGCGGCAAUGAGCGACAAGUGGGAGUCGAUUGCUAAUGAGGCUGCUGCUGCGACGAGCGCCAUCUUCAACGAGACGUUUGCCAACAUCAAGGUUGUGCGGGCGCUGACUCUGGAGAGGUACUUUUCUGACAAGCACACCAAGUCUGCCCAUUCGACGUAUCUUUUGGGGUAUAAGCGGGCUGGGUUUGUGGGCAUCUUUUAUGGCUUUUAUCAGUCGAUUGCUUUUUUCCUGACGGCGUUGGUGUUUUAUUAUGGGGCAAAGAUUCUGAGCACCAAUUCGACGACUGUUACGGAUGUCAUCAAGGUCAUCAACCUCAUUCUCUUCUCCCUAGGCACCUCGGUCAUGGCGUUGAGCAACGUCCCUCAAAUCGCUGCUUCAAAAGCCACCGCCACGCAGAUCCUCUAUUACGCCAACCUUCCCCACAACUCAAGCCACGAGGCCAAAGGAGACCGAAGAGUUGACUCCCCUCUUCCCGUGAAGAUGACCAACCUCCGCUUCGCCUACCCUGGCUCCCCGAAGACGGAAGUCUUACGGAGCGUCAACCUCGAGAUCCAACCGGGAACAUGCACCGCAAUCGUCGGCUCAUCGGGCUGUGGAAAAUCCACCAUCGCGGCUUUACUUCUUGGGCUUUAUGAACCACUAAACGACACCAUCCCGUCUUACCACCGGCCCCCUCCCGCCGAUGUUUCUCGCACCCCAUCGUCAUCAAAACGGUUCUCGAAUAUUGGCCCUAAACUCACGCUUUCCCCUCCCACGCUAAUGUGGGAAACCACCAUCACACCAAGCGUCUCUCCGCGGAACUCGAUCCCGCUUUUCCCUGCCAGCCCACUGGAUCAAAACCCUUUCUCUCCCCCACCCUUGACGUUUGCAGGGUGGGCUGCUUCGACCCUGGACACGGCAGCGCUGAGGGAGUUUAUUUCCUAUGUACCCCAAACUCCCAUCUUGUUUCCCUAUACGAUCAGGGAAAAUAUCACGUAUGGUCUACCUGACUCGUCGCCUUUGCUUACGGACGGAAAUAAUAUCGAGACUGCCGCGCGGGAGGCGGGGAUUCACGAUUUUAUCAUCUCUCUUCCCCUGGGGUAUGAUACCUUGGUUGGGGAGGGUGGGCAGACGGUGAGCGGAGGACAGGCGCAGAGGUUGUGUAUUGCGAGGGCGCUGGCGAGGAGGCCAAAGCUGUUGGUGUUGGAUGAGCCGACCAGUGCGCUUGAUGCGGAGGGGGCGCAGGGGGUGAGGGGGGUUGUUCAGGAUUUGGUGGAGGGGGGGACAGGGAGAUGGCGGUUGUGGUUGUGA